UCUCGCUGUUCGUUUAUUUUCCCCCAACGUGUAUAUGACCACGAAAGCAAAAGCAGAUUAUAGGGAGGUUCCACGUUCGUGGUUAGGAAUUUCCCCCUAGGCAGUCGAUCUGCGCAAAUUGUCAGGCAGUUAGCGCAUCUCUCGUUGGACGAAGCAUAGGGAAAAGUCGAUUUCCGUCUUCUAAACGCACCUCGACUGCGCACUCUGUCGGCGAGUCGGCGACGAGGACGCCACGAUUUGAGAGCCACUGCGAUCGGCGUGUAGGGGCGUCGUUGCUGCGUGCAAUGUGUAUCGUGUAGGCGUUGGCGAGGAGGAGACAAGUCGGGGAUGUGUCCGUAAAAAAACUUGCGGUUUCUGCGUACUCUGCCGCACGUGCACGCUCGAAAUCGUGUUCCGCGAACCACGGAUACCCGACAGGAUUCAACUACGAGCCCGUAUCGGCCGAGAGUGUCGCGCGAACGGGCCCAACAAUUACGGCCAGGAAAAAAAAGUGCUCCGUAUUCUUUCGUUUCUUACAAAGAGCCACGUAUCGCUUGUGUAUACCUCGAUCUCUUGUCACGAACGCGAGAGAACUCGUUUCGUGCAAGAGAAUCGUCGACUCGAGUCGAGGGAGACUCGCGGAAACGACGCUCGUAUCAGGAUGCCAGGACGUCUUCGAAGGGCCAUUGAGACGGUCAGUGUUACUCGCGCGAGUUAAUUUCAAUUCCAUCCGUGAGAGACGAGAUACGUGCAGCCUUGAACGACGCACGAAUUACUAGCUCGGGAAACAAGCAGGGAGCGAAGCGGAGGAGAGGAUAACCGACGGAGAGCGUGUGUACGGGAGAUGUUUGGAAUCUCGAAAAGAGAUCCUGCUGCGGGAGGAUUCGACUAUCAGCGGCUACGAUCGAACGUAUUAUCGCACGCCGGAUUCUUCGGCGUGUGAGACGGCAAUCACCGGUUGCGAGGGUUUCUCCGUGUGAACGGGGCUGACCUGACCGUGUGCGUGUUUUUCCCGGCGAGGAAAUCUCGCGGCGGCGGUGUCUGCUGGCAUGAGAUUUUAUUGUCGCUCAGUCGGCACGCUUCCGUGGAACUAUCAACGUACGAUUUUUUGCGCGUGCUUUUUUCCCGUCUCUCGCGGACCAAACUGCUUCACUGGUGACAACGUUCCAGAAAAGUUUCUGCACCUCUGAAAUCCCGAAUCGCGUGCGUGUGGCGGUGGUGUAGUGGACAAGGGUGGAUGACGAAUUCGUGAAUUCGUCGCCGGUAUUAAGUCGUGCGUCAAAGCUUCUUGGAAUGUGACGGGUGACUCCCGGCGUGGGAAAUAUUGUAGUAAAGGGGACGUCAUCGACUGCUGAGCAGCAAGAGACGAAGAAUCAGCUGCCUGGUGAAUCGUCGGAUCGAGCAGAGACAAGAGCACAGCAUAACGCACACUGAGAUCACGCAGAGGUGACUAACAUGACUUAAUCAACCGACAGAGGUUAGUCAUUCUGAACACGCGUUCUCCAGGAGAAGGGCCCCGACAUGCCGCAAUAUACCGGACAGAGUGAUGCAGAUUACCACGGAAGUAACGGCCAGGCGGACACCCAUUCGUUGCAUUCGUCCCAUUUGUCUGUCCAGGAGGAUCCAUUACUCAUCCGGAGCCAUAAGCAACAAACCACUCAACAAGUAACGAACGUAUCAAAGGUGGUACGCGAGGUUUCGCACAUGGAGCCGGACCCAGGUGCUGUGAGCUACAUGUCGGUGCCGUUGAUGUCCCAGGACUAUCAACAUGCGGAUCCCCGGUAUCCGACAGACUCCUACAUGGUCGGCUUCGAUCAUUACGAGCAAUAUCUUGGAUAUCCGCCGCAGCCCGGUUAUCCGGGACCUCAUGGUAUCUACAUGCCACGCUCGCAUUCUCCACACAGUCCUCACAGUCCUUCGGAACACAGUCGCGCUUCGCCGCCGCAUGAAUACUUGCGCAAGGCGGCACCGUACGUGGAAGGCGGUUAUAACGACAUCGAUCCAGGUCUGAAUCCCGCGUUGCAAGAUCAUUAUCGUAUCACUCCUAGUCCUGGGGGUCCUGGAGAUCAAUAUGAUCAAAUCAGCAACUCUUGGAAUAUGGAUGACUCCGGCGAACCCUCUCAGCAUCCUCAUGACGAGAACAAAGUGGCCUACGGUUACGUGUCUCCGUCCCCCUAUGGACCCGUUGGCUACGGCCCUGGCGUCGGCGUGGGUCCAGUGGCAGUUCCUAGCGACGUACCCGCCUACGACGAGGGCCAUCCGGUUCCCUUGACCUCGGGAGUCCCACCAGGCAUAUUCGAGGACGAGGUACACCUUCAACGGCUACAGUCCCGGCAUCCAGUCGUGCCCGGCAUGGCCAGCCCCCUCGACGACGACCAGAAGUCCAUGAGAUGGAGGGACCCGAACCUCUCCGAGGUGAUAGGCUUCCUCAGCAAUCCCAACAACAUAAUCAAGGCCAACGCCGCGGCCUAUCUGCAGCACCUCUGCUACAUGGACGACCCUAACAAACAGAAGACGCGAAGUCUCGGAGGAAUACCGCCGCUGGUGCAGCUCUUGGAUCACGAUAAUCCGGACGUGUACAGGAACGCUUGCGGAGCGCUCAGGAAUCUGUCCUACGGAAGACAGAACGACGAGAACAAGAGGGCCAUCAAGAACGCUGGCGGGGUACCGGCUCUGAUCAAUCUGUUACGCAGGACGUCCGACGCGGACGUUAAGGAGCUGGUUACCGGGGUGCUGUGGAACCUGUCCUCCUGCGAGGAUCUCAAGAAGUCCAUCAUCGACGACGGUGUAACGAUGGUGGUGAACAACAUAAUCAUACCGCACAGUGGCUGGGACCCCAGCUCCUCCAGCGGGGAGACCUGCUGGUCGACAGUAUUCAGAAACGCCUCUGGGGUUCUAAGAAACGUCUCCAGCGCCGGAGAGUACGCGAGGAAGAAGCUACGAGAAUGCGAGGGUCUGGUGGACGCCUUGCUGUACGUGGUGCGGUCCGCCAUAGAGAAGUCGAACAUCGGCAACAAGAUAGUGGAGAACUGCGUGUGCAUCCUACGAAACCUGAGCUACCGGUGUCAGGAGGUGGAGGACCCGAACUACGACAAGCAUCCGAUUCAGUCGACGGUGCAGAACAGGGUAGCGGCACCAGCCAAAGGUGAAAACUUGGGAUGCUUUGGCGGCAGCAAAAAGAAGAAGGACGGUCAGCCCGUUCAGAAGGAGACCACCGCGUCGAGAACAACCAGCCCCAGAACAGAGCCUGUCAGAGGCAUGGAGCUUCUUUGGCAGCCAGAAGUGGUGCAAUCCUAUCUGAAACUUCUGCACACCUGUUCGAACCCAGAAACGCUCGAGGCGGCUGCUGGAGCCCUCCAGAAUCUCGCCGCCUGCUACUGGCAGCCUAGCAUCGAGAUUCGUGCAGCUGUUCGUAAGGAAAAAGGUCUUCCUAUCCUUGUCGAGCUGCUGCGAAUGGAGGUGGAUCGUGUGGUCUGCGCGGUGGCCACGGCACUCAGGAACCUCGCGAUAGACCAACGCAACAAAGAGUUAAUAGGAAAGUACGCGAUGCGUGACCUGAUACAGAAGUUACCCUCAGGAAAUAACCAGCACGAUCAGGGCACCAGCGAUGACACCAUCGCAGCGGUGCUUGCUACUCUGAACGAGGUCAUCAAAAAGAACGCAGAGUUCUCCAGAUCCCUGCUGGACGCUGGCGGUGUGGACAGACUGAUGAACAUCACCAGGCAACGCCAGAAGUACACGCCUCGCGUUCUUAAGUUCGCAGGCCAAGUCCUGUUCACCAUGUGGCAGCAUCAAGAACUGAGGGACGUUUACAAAAAGCACGGAUGGAAGGAGCAAGAUUUCGUCACGAAAACGGUGGCAGCACGGAAUUCAGGGCCUAAUUCACCCAAUAACGCCAAUAGCUAUGAUUGCAGCACACUGAACCGACCCAUGGCGAGCCAGGGAAGCACCAGAUACGAGGAUCGAACGAUUCAAAGGGCGAACAUGAAUUCGAACAACGUUGGCCGACCGACUAUCUAUCAGCCAUGUCUGGCAGAGUUUCCCUCGUUCACGCAGAACAUUUUCCGGCCGGCCGAGGAUUGUUCGAUUUGCCAGGAUGUUCAACAGGUUGACAGGAUAUCCAAUGUGGAUCCUGCCACAUUCGAGGAACGCUACGCCUACAGCGGUCGCCCAGUGGUGGUCACCGACGCAACCCAGAACUGGACAGCCCCGAGCGUGUUCUCUUUCCCCUUCUUUAAAUCCCUGUACGAAGGCGAGGACGCGAAUUGCCAAUUUUUCCCGUACAAAACGGAGUUCAAGAACCUGCAGGAGGUUUUCAACAUGAGUGCCAGUCGCUCUCUCCUGGAAAAGGGCACUAAACCGUGGUACGUGGGCUGGAGCAACUGUGACGAUGAGAUAGGGAAUAUUUUGAGGAAACACUACCGGAAGCCUUAUUUUCUGCCUGACACCGCCGAAAGCGAGAGGACCGACUGGAUUUUCAUGGGCAGCCACGGUUAUGGAGCUCCUAUGCACGUGGACAAUGUGGAGCAUCCCUCCUGGCAGGCUCAGAUCAAAGGAGAGAAGCUGUGGAUCUUGGAACCGCCUAGGGAAUGCCACUACACGUGCAGGAGGUUGGAGGUCGUGGUACACCCUGGCGACAUAAUUGUCCUGGACACGAACCGCUGGUACCAUCAGACGGAGAUCGUCUCAGACGAGAUGAGCAUCACUAUAGGCGCGGAGUACGACUAACUUAACAUCAACGGGACUUAGAAAAGUAAUGCGACGACAAGCUUCAUAAGGUGCAGAAUAUGAUCAACUUAAAGUCAACGGGUCUUAGAAAAAUAAUGCAACGACAAGCUUCAUAAGGUUGACCAAGCUUCGCCUAAAGCCUCCCUAAAGUCCCUAAAGUCUCCACAAGUUCAAGUUAACGUUAAUGAAAUUACUAAUGUUAUGAAAUAUGUAGCACAUUCUAUCCACUGUUGUACCUUUAAAACCCUGAGAAAAUGAAUAAAAAUAUAUUUU